AGGUCAUAAGAAUUGUAUAAUAUGUAAUUGUCCAAUCAAGUUUUGUACAAUUCAUUGUUACGUGUGCAGACAUUGUAACUUGUAGGUUUCAUUUUUUCUUCUCUUCUAUCUAGGUUCAAGAAGCCCCAGGUAUGGCCUCUCCGACGAAGCCUUGCUUUGAUGUGUUGCUCCUGGGGAAGACUGGCCAUGGCAAAUCCGCGACUGGUAACUCUAUCCUGGGGAGUAGAACAUUCAAGGUUUCUUCCUCAACGAGCCCGGAAACUUCCGAGGUCUCCAAGAUUUGGACAGAACGCGACAACUGCGUGAUUAAAGUGAUCGACUGUCCAGGGAUUGGGAAAACCCGACUAGACAAGCCAGAGGCCGUGAACAAAGCAAUGGAGGACUUGAGCAAGGCGAUGAUCACUUGCCCUGGGGGCCUUCACGCUUUGCUUUUUGUUUACAAAUUUGGCUCAUGGUUCAACGAGGAAGAACAGGCCAGGAUAGACUUCCUCAAAGGCGUGCUUGGUAAGGACGUGUUUGAAAAGUACGGCGUAUGUGUGAUGACAAAUGGCGACAACUUUAGAGGUGCCAUGGAGGAGGAAGAAACCCCCCAGAAAACGCCUCUUGUUUGGUGUAGAGAACAAAACAAUACAUUUUCCUGUUUGGUCAAGGAAUGCGGCGAUCGGCUUGUGAUGUUCGACAACAGAUCGAAAGAUCAGAAAAUUAAACAUGACCAGGUAGAAGAGUUAGUGAAGCUUUUGAGAGCUCUUCCAAACCACGAGCUGUACACAAACAAGCAACUUACCCAAAUGCACAAAGAGCGCGAAAAGUUGACAUUAAAAACAAAGCUACCGCAGAUGGAAGAGCAAAUUUAGAGGGACUGCAGACUGCUGAAAGAAUUUUUUUGAGAGAAUCGACCUGAAGCCCCUGGACAGGUGGCAGAUCUGAAGAGAAAAGCGGAUCAGUUGAUUAAAGACAUUGAUGAACAGGAUAAGGAAAUUAGAGUUCUUCAACCUCUCAAGACAAAGAUAGAGUCCGUUUUCAUGAAUUCAUCCUAAUUUGUAAAAAGUACGAAGCAGCCCAACGCGAAAAGACCAAGUGAAACAGGCCCUUGAAAAGAAAGAGGGGGAAUUGAUUCACAAAAGCCGCACAGCAAUGAACUGUUUCACGAGUUACCAAUUACGUAAACAAAGAACCUAUUCCUAUUGUAUGUCCCUUAAGAUUUUUAAUUUGUCCCGAGUUUGGAGAAAAGAAGCAGGUUUGCCUAUUAAUCGGACAGAAAACGGAAUCAUUGUUUGCCUGUGGUUUUGACUUAUGCGACUGUGCUAGUUGGCAUAACUGAGAAUUGCGCCAAAUGCAACUAGCCUUUUAUAUUGGUUGUUGGUCUGUCUUUUUGGUAAAGCCAAAGCGAAAAAUGCGUGGCAAGUUGUACGUGUACCAUUAUUUGAUGAUAACUAUUCUGGUUAAAAACAGUUUUUUUUUUCUAUUCAUCUGAAAAGUAGCAAAAAUGAGAAGUGCCAUUUUGCUAGCGCAGUGAGGAUUUAGGACUUGGAUGUUGUCGAAAACGCUGUACACAUUAUACCUUUGCUGUUGUAGUCGAAGGAAACACCACUGAACAAUUUCCCAUCAUCUUUGUGGGCUUCGAAUGGUUGCAUUGACUUAUUAAGAACUGUUGGUUUUAAAGUUCAAGCUUAGAAGUCCUUGAGCUUGAUCAUCAAUAAUCUAUUUAUAGAGGCACCAGCCAUCCAUGUCCAUGUGCUGUUUUAGCCUCUGUCUCCUGUCUGUUGAUUAGUUGUUGUUUUGUUGUUUUUUUAAUUUGGUUCCACUUCCAUGCACCCUGUUUUCAACCUGGAAAU